GGACGGUUUUGUUGGACGACUCUCUCUCAUUCACGUUGAUUACAAGAUUUGAUCAUAACAUAUUUCGUGUGUGUGUUUUUUUCUCUGUUGAAUUCGUGACUAUGAACUUCAAUAUCAAAAUGAAAAACGUUUCUUUCGUUUUGCCUUUUUGUGUGGAUUUUUUUUUUAAAUAUUUCACACGAAAAAUGGUGAACGGACUUUAAGAGAAUCGAAAAUACGAUCUUCGAAUCGAGAUGUGUGUAUGGAACAAUUUACGAAUAUUUUCGAAAACGUUGGUUUGGUGAAUUUUGUGCGUACAACGAGAAAAAAAUUCAAUUGCCAAGUGAAUAUCGAAAAAUAUUCAAGUGAAUAUAAUGUACUGACCGAAAAGGCGAUAAAAGAUUUUUCUCAUUGAGCUCUUCUUUUUAUUAUUACCACGAAUUUUUGGCACGAAAAAUAUGUCAUCUGUUAAACCGAAAUGCAACAAUAAGUUCAAAUGAAAUUACGAACAAUUUUUGCGGCAUAGCUUAUACAAGCAAACGUAGCACAGAAACAGUAACAAGCUUGAAUGCGAUAACACUAAAAAGUGAACACUAAACUACUGCGAAAAAGCCACAGAUUUAAAUAUAAAAUAUAUUUAUGUUGUGCAUAUGUACAUAAGAUAUAUGAAGAAAUAAUAAUAAUAAUAAUCAUCGUGGUCGUCGUCUUCGUCAUCGUCAUCACAAAGCCGAUGUAAAAUUAUUGUAUAUCAUUGCACAGAAUGCGCGCAGCAGUGGGUGUAAAAUACAACAAGGAUUUAUGGAGUUCGCUUGUAUUCAAUCCAAAUAAAUAAUAAUCCCCAACAAGAAUGCAAGAUACACGCUCAAUCAAACUGUUUGGCAUAGUGUUUCGUUUUUUAUUCGUUUGUUCAUUUUUCGCUCUUUCGUUAUGUUAAAAAAAAACACACACUUUUUUUAACUCUGAUUAUUCAAAGGGCAGUCUCGUAAUCUGGCGGUUCGGUUGAUUUGCGACAAAUCAAGUUUUAUUAUCAGCUAGACAUAGAGAACGAACAAUAAACAAAAUUUAACACAAAAACAUUUUAACAGACUUAAAAAAAACCACCAUCUGGUACGGCAUUGUCCGUAAUAAUUUGUGUCUUUAAUAUGGAUGAAUUUCAAUUUGAAAUAAAAUGAACAUUAAUUGAUUGUCAAAUAUGCGGUUAAAAUAAUUCAAUGUCGCUUUAGCGUAUUUAUUUGAUUUAAAUAAAAAAACGAACUGAAAACAUUUGCAGGAAAAUCCAUGUGAGACGAAAAAGUGCAUUACUUUCGAAGAGAAUUCCAGUUUCUAUGACUAAUUGAAUUGCAGCAGUGAAACAAAAAAAAAAUUGAGAAAAUAUUGCCUACAGUGUGAAACAAUAAAACUUAAGAGCAAAUAAAAUACAUGCAGAGAGAGAGAGCGCGAAAAAAACUCAAACAGCGACCGAUUAGACAGACGGAGUAUAAGUCAAUUUGCAAAUCAAAUAAAUAAAAUCUAUCACAUGUGAAUUGAGUGUUGAAAAAGGAAGUGAUGUAUGAUCCAAGAUCAAUUGAAACUAGUGAAAAUGGAAAAGAGGAUAAUGUAAUUGUAUUACAAAAAAUGUAUCGUCGACGUAAUUUUCAACGGCAAGCGUGUGUUAUAAGUGUUAUGGCGGCAUUCGUGAUCGGAUUAUCGUUGGGUGUUUUCGUACCAGUUAUUGGCUUGGGCACCGCCAUCUCAACGGAAUUUAAUGAUAGACAGUUGCUAUCGUCACGAUCAUUAUCCAAUUUUGAUGUGAAUGGUAAAGCGAUCGCCGAUGUCGACAUUGUAAUCGACCAUACAAACGAUGUACAUUUAUCGAACGUUUACAAUAUUAAUGGUGAAAAUGAUAAACUCAGCGAUUCGUAUGCGGUCACAUUUGUGACUGAAGGAAAAAGGUUAACAAAACAUGUCAACAACAAAAAUGACAUAGAUUCCAUCAAUUCUGACAGAUUCAAUGAUUCUAAUGACCAUUCGCUUACGGCCUAUUUGAACAGAGAACGAACACGAAAAAUUACAUCGCAACGAUUUGCCGACGGCAAACAUGUAAACGCUAUCAUAUCGUCAUUUCCAUUCAUUUCGACAAGCUUGAAGCGAUACAAUAAAGCCAAUAACAAAAAAUAUAUACACAUUGAUUAUACAAAUGGGAAUGAUGUAUUGCACAAUCGAUCCCAAAUGCUUCCAACCACAAAUAUCAACGAAAAUCCAUAUGAUGUCAUUGAAAAUAAUAUAUUUUGGGGAAAAAUAAUCGAAGAUGCCUUACCAAUGGGGUAUAGCGUUGAUCACGUGAACGCUUGGAAUGAUUAUGUUAAUAAAAAUGCAAUUGUUAAAUUAGAAAUUGGAUGUGGACGAAUGCAAAAUCGUUUGGUUACAUUUCAAGAUGGGCGCAAAGCAUGCGCGCGCUAUAGACAAAACACGGAUCAAAUUCAAGGUGAACUGUUCAGCUUUUAUUUGGGACGUCUAUUGAAUUUGACCAAUUUGGCACCGAGUGCCGCAUCAAUCAUCGACUUAAAUUCAAAUCCAUGGAUAUCAGCCGCACAAGACGUUCAAAGUGCACAAUGGAAAGUUCAAAGACCAGUUGUACUUACCGAUUGGAUUCCAGACCUUGAAGCAGCCAAUAUUCCGGUCCUAUUCCAACCGAUGGAACGUCAUUUGAAUAAAUUUGAUGUAAAAAAUAUCACACUUGGUUUAGAUGUUAAACCGCCAAAAACAUUGAUGCAUCAUUUGGGUGGUAUCAAACCAAAUCCCAAUUGGAAUCAACUACCAGUUAAAAUGGAUCAUACCAACAAUGACAUUGAACUCAAUAAAACGGUCCAACAGAAAUUGGUGGAGCUAGCACAAUGGUCGGAUUUGAUCAUUUUUGACUAUUUGAUCGCUAAUUUAGAUCGUGUGGUUAAUAAUCUAUACAAUUUUCAAUGGAAUGCCGAUAUAAUGACAGCACCAGCUCAUAACCUAGCCCGACAAAGUGAUUCAAAACUCUUGGUAUUCCUUGAUAAUGAAUCCGGUUUGUUGCACGGCUAUCGGCUGCUUAAAAAAUACGAAACCUAUCACGGACUUUUGAUCAAUAAUUUAUGUGUAUUCCGUCGACGAACCAUUGAUGCAUUGCAGAAAAUGCAGAGUGAUGGCAUUGGUAGACAAUUACAGCAAUUAUUCGAACAAUCAACAUCGGAUAAAGUACGAGAUGUAUUACCAUCAUUGCCAGAUAAAUCAAUUAAAAUUCUAGUCGAUCGGAUAGAUCGUGUUUUAGGCCAAGUGCAAAAGUGUCGUGAAUUAUUUUCAAAUAGAUAGCAUCAAAUUUAAUUACAAUAGUUUUCGUUUGGUGCACUUUUUCAACGCACAUUUUUUUUUUGUUUUAGUUAAAACAACUUGGAUCAAGAAUAUCUAUAUAUGAUAUAAAAUUGUAUAUUAAAUUAAGAGAGAAGGAGAAAAAUACGCAACUUAACACUAAAAAAAGGAAAUGGACGACAACAAAAUACAAUACGUAUGUAGUUAAUCGUGUAUAUGCGAUGCAUUAAGAGUAAGAAAAAUAAAAAGAAAGACAGAUGGAUACAGAGAGAACGAGAAGGAAAAGGUAUGAAAAAAAUUAAAACGGCACACACAACGCGCACAAAAAAAUUAAAACGAUUGACUGAUUUAUUAUACAAUUAUUACAAUAUAUAAAAUAUUGAAAAUCAAGUUGCAGAAAAGUGUUUCGUAUAUAUAUAUAUUCAUUCUAUCGUCCCUUCUUCCUCUCUGUCAUUCUUAUAAAUAAAUAAUGUUUUGCGUGCACUGGUGUUUUAGAUUUGUAGUUGUAGUUGUAUUUAUAUUUUGUAUAUUUGAUCACAAGACUUAACAUUACAUGGUACACUGCUGCAAACCCAUAUGAAAAUUCACAUUAGUGACAAAAUAUCAGCGCAUUUAAUGGAAUUAACAGAGAUAGAUAUCCACCGUAUCAAUUGAUGUAAGCAUUUCAAUGCAACGGCAAUGGCCACUAGACAAAGUCAAUGUCAAACAAUUGUAAUUAUAAUUAAAUGAAUGCUUUAUGCUCGAAUUUUUAUGGUUUUUAAUUGCGUAGCAUUGCAUUGCAUUCAAUGAACUAAAGAAAAACACUCUCUGAUUCAAUAUAUAUAUAUAUAUAUUGUAUAUUCUCAUCGCAGCAAAUAAAAAUGAUUGCAAAGGAUACCGAAAUAGAAGAAUAAGAAGGAGAAAAAAGUACCACAAAGUGGUAUAGAAGCAACUAAAAUUCAAUUUAUGUGCUGAAUACAGGACUAAAAACAAACAAACAAACGAAAAAAAAGAAACAAUAUAAAUAGAUGUGAUCGUAGUUUACAUGUGAAUAUAUCCGCAUGUGAAAUGCAACCAGAUUUUAUCAUAUAGCAGCUUGUAGCAUCUAUUGUUUUUUUUAUUUUAUAAUUUAUACAUAAUUAUAGUAUAACCGCUAUAUAUGGUAGAGUUUUCAUGUAAAUAAGUAAUAUAAAUCUUGGAGGUUAGACAUGUAAAAUUAGCAAAACGCAUUUUACGAAAGAAAAUUAUAAGACCAAUAAAAAUGAUAACAUAAACACUAUACGGACGUAAUUUACAUUUCAAAAUUGAUGGAAGAAGAAAAUUGCACAAGCUAAACGGAGAUUUUUGAAAGAUAACGAAUAAAAUUGAAUGGUGUGUGAAUAUUCGAAUAUGCAAAAGUAAUUACCAAAAAAAAAAAAACAUUUCUAAAUCAUCCGAAAGAAAAAGUAAUGCCAGAAUUAUGGAUUAAAUUACAUUGUAAAAAUUCAAAUUUACCUAAUAUUAAAACGAAAUCAAUCAGAAUCUAUAUAAAAAAACACAUGCUAGGAACUUAUGAUAAUUAAAUAGAUCUGUCACAAAUAUAUACAUUAUUUGGAAUGAACAGAAGCGUGAACAUAAAAUAAAUUGAUGAAAAUAAUAAAUUGUUUUAAUUAUUUUCUUUGUUUGUACAAUUGUACAUAGAGUAUAUUCGCGAUGAGAAU